ACAUACAUACAUACAUACAUACAUACAUAUAUACACACAUAUAUAUAUCUAUCUACGUAUAUAGAUAUUAUACCUAUCACGGUAAUAAGGUCGUCCGGUAAACAUUUUGAAAUAAAGCAGGAAGCUUGAAAAUUUGUAAUACGAAUAUCGCGAUUACUUUCACGAUAAUAAAGAGAGAGAGAGAGAGAGAGAGAGAGAGAGAGAGAGAGAGAGAGAGAGAGAAAAUGAUGACAAAUAUCGAUUCUCGAACUGUCAAAAGUCAUUGCUUUAUUUUGAUAAAGUGAAAGUAUAUCGGUAAGAGAGAAAAUAGGGAUGAAAGAAAUUCGAAAUUUGAAGCGUCCCUUCGAAACUUACGAGGUCAUUUUAACAUACCUCGUUUCGAAUUAUUCCAACAAAGAGACCUAUCAAAAAUAGAAUUAUAGAAAAAUGGAGAACACGAGCGAGGACGAAGCUGUAAUAAUUCGUAACCUAAAAGAUUCGGCCGCUUUGUUACCUCGGAUCGCAGCGCUACGUCAAGUUUUACGACAAUUACGAAUGGCACUUCGUCAGGAAAGGGAAAAUCUCAGUAAAGAAAUAAAUACGAUUAAGUGGUUGGAAGUUGGUAAAAUGAAAAAAAAAUUUAUCCUCGAGGACGACAGUAAACCUUUUGCCAAAGUUGACUUCCGUCGGAAUAAUCGUGGUAACGAUGGUCAGUCUUCGAAAUAUCCUCUCGAAGUUUUACACUUUAGGAACGGUAAUGGCGAUAGCUGCACAACAGGAAAUUGUGGGAGUUUACUCGAUAGCAAGAUAUAUCAAAGACGUGUUGACCGAUUAAAAGAAGAACUGGACUCGUUCGAGCGAUCCUGUCGUUCAAUGUCGAUCCUGUCGAUGUCUAAAUUUUACAAGGAGAAGAUUCACGAUCUUGAGAGAGACUGUUGCGCGGGAUUGAACAGAGUCAAAGAUGGUUUCGUCGAGUCCCUUCAGGCUUUUGAAAAUACUCUCGACUUUAUACGCUCUGAGCGAUCCUCUAAGAGAACGUCGAACGCGGAUGGAUAUCGCAACGACGAGAGUUUCGUGAUAGGACGUCGUAAGGAAAAGAAUUUGGAUGGUGGUGCGCGUCAACGUGCCAAGUGGCAGACCUUGUCGAGCAACGUCGAAAAGCAGUCAUCUCUCUGUCGAACCAAAUCGCUCAUUAUCGAGAACAGGCAUCACGGUCUAUGGUUGGCGCAGAUUUGUUCGCAACGUUUCAGCGACAGUGCCAUAUGCAACGACGCUAUGUAUCGAGCUUCGAGAUUUCACUUGGAAAGACCGCAUCAUAUCGUUGGUAUACUGGAACCUUCCAACGAUCUACGAUUUUCUACCAACUUUACCGCCGUUUUUCCGAUCGUUGGAAAGAGAACACCGAUUUUAACGCUCUAAUCAAGCUACUUUGAACAUUUUUCUUUUCUCUUUUAUAUUUCCUUUCUUUUUUUCU